AUGCCAAUUCCCGGCUUAUUUGGACGCGCUCAUGCAGCCUCUGAUCGCGAAGUACAUCGCAAAAUGGAAUAUACGAAGCAGUCAUGGCUCUCUUGGAGAUCUCCUUCCUGGUAUGCGUGCUAUCCAACUUUGGACACACUUGUUUGUCUCUGUGUGGGGAGAAGGGCGAUCUACAUGUUUGAGCGAAAGCGCACCUUGACGCUUCUUCAAAGCUUGCCAGACUCUACAUCAACUAAUGAGCCAGAUCACGAUAACCAAACCUGGGCUGACAGAGUCGGUGGCGAUAUUGUUGGUGAGAGAGAGCCUCCCCGCAGUCUUAUUCAGCCGUGGAAGGAACCAGUCUUCGGCAUCAAGUUUAGAUACAGACACUCUCCACAAACUUCAACCUCAUCGAUUGGCAGUGCUACCCCCUCCAUAUCGUCACGCUUUGGCGGCAGAAGCGACAGCUCAAACUCCAGCGUCAACUCGUCGACUUCAGUUCCUCAUGACACUGCCGUGGUGGCUCAUCAAGUCAAUAGUCCAGUCCCACACAAUAUGUCUUUGACAACUCAAGCAGCUCAUCAGGACUUAUCUGGUCUCGACGCUUCUUCGGAACUUCCGACAAUGCCCAACAAUCAUCAUCCGAAUCGUCCAUGUUCCAUCCCUGAGAAUCAGCGCCCAGCAUCUUCGGUUAGCUCACCACCCCAGGUUGUCCUCACUCGAAAUGGACGCCCUAUGAUCAGCCACGAGACGAAGGUGAAGCAAAUCGAACAAACCCAUACAACCAAGGCCGUACCGAAAUUGAACUUUGCAGAGGGACUACAGGAGCUCGGGCUACCUCUCAUGGCACGCCGAGAUAUCACUGCUGAAUUCAAACUAUGCCCAUCAGACACCUCCAACGUCUCAUCAUAUGUCAGCUUCCCACAGUUCUCCCAAAUUUGGGAUGGACCUCAAUAUCACGUCACGUCUAUGGACCCCAAAGACACUGUAGCUCGGUGGGUUAAAAAGAAUGGGUUAGCUGACAAGACAGCCCUCAAACCUAAUAUGGGUAGACUGCAUGAACUAAGACAUGCUGAUGAUGAGGCCAUUGCGGUAUGGUACGCCGGUACUCGGGCCAGGGUCCUUAAGAGACGAGCUGCUAGAGCAUCCAGUAACAAAACAGCAGCCCAGGGAGUUGCCGUCCACGACAUCCCGGCCCAGGAAGAUAUCAUUAACAACAUCCAUGUCCAGAGCCAUGCUGUCAACGAUGUGCCGGUUCAGAGAGAUACUGCGAACAAUGUGCCGGUCCAGAAAGAGGCUGUUCGCCGAGUUACAUUUCAGACAGAGCCCAUCAACACCUCAAUUAUGCUAACAAAGGCCCCGCCCUCUCGACAUGCUGCGCCAGCUAAACCUGCAAUCGGAAGAAAGAAUACGAGUGGAAAACAAGCGAUCAAUGCAACGACAGAAUGGUAUCGAACCAAAAUGGCCAACGAAGCAAAUGCCGCGUUCGAGAAGGCCGAAGCAGCUAAGGCUCACAAAGCGGCAGCAGCAGUGGAGCGAAGCAACGCCCAGCAAUCACCUACAGACCCUGCUCAGGUAAAGCCAGCUAGGAAUGUUUACGGUCCCUCUCGCAACCCGUCUACUUCAGCCUACCAAGCCGAAAUGGCCCGCCGGGCAAACGCCGCAUACGAGCAAACUCAAGCAGCUAAUGGCCGCCCCAUAGCGCCGGCAAUGCAACGAACCAAGGCCAGACGCCGAUCACCUAUUAUCCCUACUCAGCCCAGGGAAGCGCCCAAGGACGAACUCAAGAUGGAACCCAAAGAAAUUCCCAAACCAAAAUCAAUAACUCUACCUUCUCGAGAGGUAUCCCGCCCACUUAAAUUAGCUCGUCCCAUUCGUCCAUCAAGCCCAACCCAUCACGAAUUGGUAAUGUAUGAGAGAGCCGUUGCGCAAUAUAUGAGUAGCCCUACCGUGCCUAAAAAGAAGGUGCAUGAGGACUUACUUAAAACCCUCGUUGUGGCUUUGGCUGGAGAGGACGAAUACAAUAAACUAUUGCCAGAGCCGGAGCCUGAGCCGAUGCAAGUGCGCGAGGCUAAGAAAACCCUUAAUAAGAAGAAAUCCAAGCGUAGCAGCCGCAAGUACGAGAAAGAAGAAGGAACGGAUUUUAGCGAUCUCGACCUUGAGCCAUGGAUCGUCGAGCCCUGA